AUCUGGAUAUAGUGAGAAACCAGAGCUGAAAUUUGCAGUUGAUGAAACGCAAUGAAGUGUCUGAGUCUAUCGCCGCUUCUCUCACCACCUUCUUUGAGCUUCUCUUCUUCCAUCAAGACCCCAUUUCUGGUGGCUCUCACCUCCACGCCCUCAAAAACACAUACUCCCAAACGCUCCUCGAAAUCCGCUAAAACUCUCUUUCCAACCACCACCACCAUCACCACCACCGCCUCUCUUCCUCCCAAAAAGGUUCUGGUGCCUAUUGGAUAUGGAACGGAGGAAAUGGAAGCGGUUAUUCUAGUCGACGUUCUGCGGCGAGCUGGUGCGAACGUGGUUGUGGCGUCGGUGGAACCCCAGCUCGAGAUUGAGGCUUCUAGCGGCACCAGACUGGUUGCUGAUACCUCCAUCUCAACAUGCUCUGAUGAAAUUUUUGAUCUCAUAGCUUUGCCGGGAGGAAUGCCGGGCUCUGCACGAUUGAGGGAUAGUGAAAUUCUCCGGAAAAUUACUAGCAAACACGCUGAGGAAAAAAGGCUGUAUGGUGCUAUCUGUGCUGCUCCAGCCAUUACACUUCAACCAUGGGGCCUUGUGAGAAGAAAACAGAUGACUUGUCACCCAGCAUUCAUGGACAAGCUUCCAACCUUCAGGGCUGUUAAAUCAAAUCUACAAGUUUCUGGGGAGCUCACAACAAGCAGAGGCCCCGGAACUGCUUUUGAGUUUGCUUUAGCAUUAGUUGAUCAACUUUUUGGAGAGUCUGUAGCCAAGGAGGUUGGAGAAUUGUUGCUGAUGCGUACUGCUGAGGACAAUCAUAAAAAGGAAGAGUUUAAUGAAGUUGAAUGGUCAGUUGAUCAUAGUCCUCAUGUUCUUGUCCCAGUUGCAAAUGGUUCUGAAGAAAUUGAAGUGGUUACAGUCGUAGAUAUUCUACGGCGAGCAAAGGUGGAUGUUGUGGUUGCUUCAGUUGAGAAAUCUUUGCAGAUUUUAGCAUCUCAAGGCAUAAAACUUAUUGCUGACAAGUCAAUUGAUAAUGCUGCUGAAUCAAUUUAUGACUUGAUCAUUCUUCCGGGGGGAAUUGCUGGUGCUGAGCGGCUGCACAAAUCCAAGGUUCUGAAGAAGAUGCUCAAAGAACAAGGAUCAGCAGGAAGAAUAUAUGGAGCAAUCUGCUCCUCGCCAACAGUCUUACAUAGACAAGGGUUACUCAAGGGUAAAAGAGCCACCGCUCAUCCCUCUGUAGCUAGCAAGAUCACCAAUGAAGUAGUGGAGGGAGCUAGGGUAGUUAUUGACGGCAAGCUGAUUACAAGCAGGGGGCUUGCAACUGCAAUAGAAUUUGCAUUGGCAAUUGUUAGCAAGGUUUUUAGUCAUGCAAGAGCAAGGAGUGUAGCUGAAGGUCUUGUUUUUGAGUACCCUAAGAGCUAGAGAGACAGUGUCUGGCACUUAUGGUUGGAGUUACUCUGCACCAAUUCAAGUCAGUGGUUGAAAUGAGUCAAUUUCUUGCCAGCUGCUUGGGCUUGAAAUGAGAAUUGGGUUUUUGCAAUCAACAUCUCAGGAUUGUAUUUUGUGCUAGUACUGAUUUCUGUAAAGGUCUCAAGUAUCACAAGCUCCAUAACUGACUCAGAUUUUUCUUUGGACUGCUGCAGUUUGGGAUUCUUGCUUGAGCCUUCCUUCGUGUUGAAUGCUAAGGAGUAAACACUAAGAAUAUAAUUAUUUUCACAGAGAAGUAGAACUGAUGACUAGAAGAAUGCUGGUUCUGAAUUCAUGUAGAAUCCUGGUUGGGAUCUUCUAGUUUGUUUUCCCAGCCACUAAUUAAUUGGGAUAGCGGGAUUAAAAGAUCUCUUUGGCAUUUACUUUUAUUUA